ACCCACUCAGAAGAACAAAUAUAUAUGCAUUUUUAUUGAUCGAUUUAUAAAAAACUACUUAAAAAUUCGAAUAAUAAAUUACGAUUUAAAAAACAUUAUUACAUUAAAAUUCAAUUCACAGUUUAGUUUUUCGACUUGCUUGUCAUUACACAAUAUUAUUGACGAUCAGAAAAUUGAUGAACUUUGCUCCAACACUCAAAUUGCAUUUGAUUUAUCGUUAUGUGUGAUAGAAAGUUGUAAAUAGUUUAGGGGCAGUUUCUCUAAAAUUCGACACAAGACGGCACACAGAAUGAUUCUGUGCGUGAAAAAAUUUCAGUAACAAUCAAAAUAUAAUUAAAAUAGAAGAUGGUAAAAUAAACCAUUAUGAAAAAUAAUUUUAAAAAAACGUAAAAUAGAAGACCAGCUAUGAACUAAGCGAGGAAGUAUUCAUCCGCAGACAACAUAGAUUGAUAGCUGCGAACUCGCGUGAUAUCCACCGCUGCGGACUCGCUCUGUGUGUCGUCGGUGACCAUAUAGUCCCCCAUAAUCCUCAUAUAAUCCUGAAUCAGUUCCCGAAUCAUGUCCGCAAUGGCUGCCGAUAAACGCGCCUCAUUCGCGCGCCGUGCCGAAAGUUUGGUGGAGCGGGUGAGAAUUAUGAAUACCAUUUAUGAGAAAUACAAUAUCAGCACGGAGAAAUGCGGAGAUCUUACUGUUGUGGUCCAGGGCGACCUGUCGCAGCAGGAGAAACGCGCCGUUUUCAUUACGGUUCACGACCUAGGCUGCAAUCAUAAUUCCUUCCAGGAGUUCGUGAGCAGCCCCUGCAUGACGGAGAUAAAGGAGCGCUCCUGCUUCAUUCACGUGGAUGUACCGGGACACGCUGACAAUGCCGAUGCCCUGGCCGAUGGCUUCCCAUUUCCCUCGCUCCAGUCCCUGGGCGAGGACUUGGUCACUGUGCUGGACUACCUUCACGUAAAGUACGUGAUUGGCCUUGGCGAGGGCGCCGGUGCCAAUGUCCUGGCCCGCUUCGGUCUGGCCCAUCCCAGCCGGGUGCUCGGCCUGAUCCUGAUCAAUGCCACUGGCAGUGCAGCCAGUGUGCUUCAGUCCUUCAAGAACAAGUUCAUUAGCUGGAAGAGCGACGAGGUGGCCCAGUCUGCUGAGAGCUUUCUGAUGUACCACAAAUUUGGACAUGUUAUGGAGCAAAUCGUGGGCGAGAAUCCGGACAAGGACAAGAUUGUGGCCGAAUACCAGAAGCGUCUGCAUCGCUCCCUAAACAGCAAGAACAUCGGCUUGUAUGUCAAAGCAUUUAUGAAUCGCAAGGACCUUACGCUCAAAGGUUGCAAAGUGGAUGUCAUUCUGAUUACUGGAAUGCUGAGUCCUUAUGCAUCAAUGGUUGAGAAACUGCACCGAGAUGUGGAGAAGGAGAGAGUCACCAUAUUGAAAAUUGAGCGUGCUGGAGAUGUCCUGGCUGAUGCUCCCGGAAAAGUGGCCCAGUCCAUUUUGCUUUUCUGCAAGGGUCAGGGACUACUCACAUCAGUAGUUAUGCCAGGAGUGGAUCGCGGACGGGCCUUCUCCACUGCUAGCUCUGGAUCUUUGGAGGGUGCCAACGGUUCGCGGCGACUUUCGCGGGGCAUUUCAAUGGAAGACUACGACAAGCCCAACAUCCGCCGGCUCAGCAUCAUGAACACCAAGAGGACCUUCAAUUUCAAUUGCGUUCAUAUGGAUGCCCCGCCACCUACAAAGCCUCCGCGGGGAGUGAAAUAUGGCAAGGAUGAGUCCGCAGGCUGUGGUUUUCUGGUCAAUGUCAUCAAAUCCCUGGGAUUCAGCGAGACUACAGAGGAACGCCAGAAGGAGAAGCUUAAAAUCGAGCAGGAGUUUAAGCGCUCGGACCUGCGACUCAAUGAGCUGGUUUCACGCCAUGACCAGCAACUCACAUUGGUGCUGCCCCUGUUCAGUCAGGUGUCCACAGAGGUAACCGCUAGCCGGGAAAGAAUUCAUGCCGUCAAGGAGAACUUGGGUGCCUGCAAGCGGCUGCUUCAGUGCCGGCGUGAUGAGCUUAAGAAGAUGUGGACAGACGCAGUGCAGCACAAGUAUGUGCUGGAAAUGCUGGAGCAAAUCCAAGAGCUCCGUAAAGUGCCUCAACGUGUGGUGAGCUAUACAGCCAAGCGUCAGUAUUUACAUGCCAGCAAGGCGCUGACUGACGCCUUGACCACCUUAAACGGUCCUCUGCAAGCUGUCGAAGGCUUGUCAGACUUGCGAGCCGACUUGCAAACGCGUCGUCAACAGUUGUACCAAAGGCUGCACGAGGAGCUGGUUACCCAGGUGUAUACGAACUCUGCCAGCGAGGCCUUAUCUGCGUUCCAGCGCAGCAACUCCAGUCGUUUGAAUUCCAGCUUUACGCGCGGCAUUGGUGCUCGGCGAUCCACAGAUCGCAUUGAGGCAAAUGCCCGAGUGCGCAAGGCCCUCGCGGAAAUGGCGCAAUGUUUUGAUCUGGACAAGGCUGAGGUCAUUGAAGAUGCAGAUCUCAUCUACCCAGAGCUAAGCAUGAGCUACUUCGUGGCCAUCAUCGUGGAAUCGUUUGGGAUGCUGCACAAGGUGCCUGAUUCCCUGGAGACGCUGCGCGUUCAAAUCCAAACGGAACUGCUCAAUGUGGUCAGACAUACGACCCAACAACUAUCGCAGUUGGGAUUUGGAGAAGCUACCGCAGCAUCCGGAGAUCAAAAUCCCCUUUUAAUGUUGUUGGAGGUCAUAUUUAAGCAGUUCAAGGCCAUUGCCAAAACUCAUAGUCUGCUAUUGAAAAACUACUUGUCAGUGGGACAGAAAUAUUCGGUCGUAGGACCCCAAUCAUAUGACUUGACAGAUUUUUGGGCCCAAGCUCAGUCUGUGUUGCAAUUGCUGUUAACCGACUACUUGGAUAUUCAAAAUGCUGCCGCGGAUGAAAGUGCUCAGACGGGAUUUUCAGAACCGUCUAGCAACAUAAAUUCCUAUUUCCUAAGGCGCAAGGUGCCAAGCACCAAGCGCUCCAUGUUCAAGUUUGACAAAUCCUCACAUGUGGGCAGCACUAGCCAAAACGACUCCUUUAAGGAGCAUCGUCGUAACGCCUCGGAUGCCUCUGUAGACGAUAAUCUGGGUGCCCAACUUGGAGGCAGCGGUAAAGGUUCUACCAGUGGCUUAUUUCCUCAUGAAAAGAAAAAGCGUGAGAAACUGUUGAUAUGUACUCCUGAUCAGAAUAUCAUUACCAAAGUGUAUCUGCCUCUGAUGGAAUAUAUUAAGGAAAUAGAGGCAUUUAUGAAGUGCAAGCCAGGACAACCCUGCAGUCUACACGACUUUGUUGACAAUUAUAUUAAGGACACAUUCCUAUCAAAGGGCCACAACCGCAACUUGCAGUUAACCAUAGAGUCGCUCUCUAAAAAUCAGGACGCGUGGCGCACCAUAGUCAGUCCGGAGGAGAUGAAGUCCCUCAAUUUGAGCAGGCCUUUGCUGCAGUCUACUGUGAUGGUCGAGCGGAGAUUAAUGGAGACCAAGAACCUAAUUCAGGAUCUUCCCUGUUAUUCUGAGGACCUCCUUAAGAUGGUGUGUGCUCUGCUUAAGGCCUAUCGCGAAAUCUGUCAAGCUGCCUAUCGAGGAAUUGUGCAGCCCGACUCUGAGGACAAAAGAAUAUACAGCGUAGCCUGGCUAAAGGAUGAAGAUAUCAGUAGAUUUUUAAAGUCGCUGCCGAACUGGACGGAUCUAAAAACCUCAAGCCAGAAGGCGCGACACAACCGAAAACUGCACCGAGGAAGUUUUGAGCCGUCUGAAGAGGAGAGUCCCUUACAGGUGCAGCAGCGCAAUGUCCGUGAAGCUGAGAUGCUGACGAGUAAUCUAGGCGAAGGUGGAAUAAGACCCCAGGAGAUACUGGACGAGAUCAGCGUGCUAAAAGAGCUUGCCAUCCUACAAGAGAGCAUGGAGUGGUUCUCAUGUCGCGUUUCCGAGUUUGCAAAUGACCUACGCCGUCCGAUGGUAAACGGACUGAAUGCCGUCUCGGCCGAGUGUUCCGCCGACAUCGCUGUUAAGGAUGGCACGAUAAAGGUGAUGACCAACCUGGCCCUAGAGUUCGACGAGCUGGCCAACACCUGUUUGUUGGUGCUGCAUCUGGAGGUGCGUGUCCAGUGCUUCCAUUACCUGCGGUACAAAUCGAGUGUGCGGACUAACAGCUAUGUUGGAUCGAAAGAUGAUAUCUUAGAGCCCGACCGGCAAGUACAGGUCCUAACCAAGAGACUUUCUGAGAUGGACGAAGCUUUUAGCGCCACUCUACAUCCGCGAAAAACCAGAUACAUUUUUGAGGGCCUGGCGCAUUUGGCUUCACGUAUACUUAUCCAAGCGUCUAAUUAUCUGGAGCAUAUCGAUCAAAUCACAGUGCAGCGCAUGUGCAGGAAUUCAAUUGCCUUGCAACAAACAUUGAGCAACAUAACCGCAUCCAGAGAAGUGGCCUUAGAUCAGGCCAAGCAAUUUUAUGAGCUCCUAUGCAUGGAACCGGAUGAGAUACUCAACGCAUUAUUGGAACGAGGAACACAGUUCUCUGAAAUGCAACUACUAAACGCUCUGCAAUUGUCUUGCAAAUCCCUCGGGAUAACCGACGCCAACCUUUUGGCCUCCUAUCAGCAAAAGCUUUCUGAUAUCCUAGGUACCAAGCCAUCCAAAGGUGUUGUUGUAUAAAUAUCUCUAAAGUCAACGGAGAAACAAAUUUUAAUAUCCCUGUUUGUGUACAUCGGCAUUAGGUGUAAGUGCAAAAGGAGUGUUAGUAUUAAGCGAAAAGUUAUAACUCAUGUUCUGAACAUAUUGGGCAAGCCCUUGGUGUUGCGAUGUAGUCGUUUAUACAAAUACAUAUUCUAAAGUUCAUUAACAGUACUUUAAUGGCCCAAAACAAUAAAAGAGAAUUUAACAACGA